AUGAACGACGACAACGAUUGUACACCGGAGGCAUCGUCGGAAGAAUUUGAUUCGGAGUUUGAAGACGGCGGUGACGGUGUGAAUUAUAGUGCGAAUUUUGUCACGGACACGUUUUUUCCAACGUUUGAUGAUGUAGUUAAAUGGGCGGAUGCUGUUGCCAUAAAUAUGAGAUUUAUAUUGGUUAAAUCGUCUUACAACAAAACCAAAAAUGAUCGACCGUAUCGAUAUUUUAGAUGUGAUCGGGGACGAAAGAGCAAGCCGAGAGAUCUUGAGAACGCAAUUCGGAAGGACACAAAAACCAAAGCUAAUGGUUGUCCUUUCUACAUCAAGAUAUAUUAUGAGUUUAUCACAGACAGUUGGAAGAUCCGGGCAAAAAAUGAUGCAACUGGGACCCAUAACCAUCCAAUGAUUGUGUAUCAGGAGGGUCAUCGUAAAAUCAGUGGCUUGAGCCCAAAUGCAAAGAAGGUUGUGCGUGACAUGACAAAGUCCAAGAUUGCACCGUGUAACAUCAUGGCAACUAUUGCAGAGCAAUUUCCUGAUGAUCAUCCAAACAUCAGACACAUUUACAACCGUCAGAAUGACUUGAGAACGGAGAUGGCUGAUGGCAGAGGAGUUGUUCAGCAAAUUCUUCAUUUGGCGAGACAGAGUCAGUAUAUUUACUAG